CUUCCGCCGCCCGCCAUGGUGGGGAAGGCGCGGCGCGCGCGGCUGCACUCCGCCGCCCCCCGGCCCCACGCGGCCCCGCCGCCCCCCGGCCCCGGCCCCGGCCCCGACACAGGCGGCUGCGGCGCGGAUAAGGACUGGGACUUCUCAUCUUCUGGUGUGUUUGCCGGGCUGAAGAUUGACCCUGAUACUCUAGUAAAGAAGCUUGAUUUGGACUCCAGGAGCAUCAUUUCCUCCAGAACAGAGGUCCCCAUGGGGGAGCAUUCACUAUCCAGAGAAGGAAGACACUUCAGUGAAAGACAAGGAGGUCUAGAAGAAAAAAAGGUUCUUUCCAAAAAAGAAAAAAUGAAGCUGAGAAGAGAAAGAUGGUUGCAGAAAAUAGAAAACGUGAAGCUAGCCAAGCAGAAGCAAAAAGCCGAAGCAAAAAGGAAAGCAACACCAGUGGUGGGGGACUUGCAGCCAUUGAUGGAAGCACUGCCUGAGCUCUCUGACUUGACCUCAGCUGGCAGGGGUAGGAAGCCACCCAAGAGCCAUGUAAAAGCAAAGGCAGAACCAGCAGACUUCUGUCUGAUGAAACAAGCUCAGAAGCGCCGGCUCUUAGAGGAGGAAGUAGCUCGAUUUCAUGAGGUCAUCACCAAUCCCAGCUACAGAGCCAACCCCCUCAUGGCCAUCAGCGAGCAUCUCUCCAAGAGGCUGAGACAGGAGGAAGAAGGUAAACCCCUCUAGGGUGUCAGCCAGGAUCAGACGUGCACUCCGGAACUGGUGCAAGGGCUCCAGGCUGCGAAGACACGUAUCGGUAACAUGACCACUCAGCCGCUUCAGAUUAUUACAUCCAACAGUCCUGUUUUCUAUGUUCAGGAAUAAUGCUAUUGUCUCCUGACAGUGGAAGCUGCUCCUUGGCAAGCAGCCUGCAGAGAGCAGCGUGUUCUGUGAGAUCUUUGUGAAGACACUAAGCUCCCUGUGAAGGGUCUUGACACCUUCUCUCUUCUUGUGAGUAGAUUUCUUAAAUUGUGCCAGUGGCGAUGGAUCUGCUUUCUGUCAAUUCCCUCCUUCUUCUGACAACUCCAAAAAGAGAGUCCCUAUUGCUCAGUCAACAUGGCUUAAGACCCCAAGCCCUGGAGUCCAGAAGGCUGUUGUAGAUCUGUGUAAAAACUGAUACUGCUGUGAGAAAUUCAGCUUUGGAGUAAACACACUUUCACACAACACUUAGUUUGUC